CGCAGUGGCCCAGAAGGAACUUAUGGAGUUUAGGUAGAUGGUGCAGACCCAGUGGUCACUCUGUAUGCAGCAUCAGGGACUUGGAUUUGAUUCUGGAGGCCACGGGGAGCCAGUGGAGGUCACAGAGUAAUGGAGGGACAUGAGUCAUUUUGGGCUGAUCAGAUACCAGACGGACUGCUGAGCUCUGAACCAUUUGUAAAGGUUUCACCUCACAACCUGGAAGAGCUGCUAGGAGGCAGAGAGGUAACCACGGGCUGUACCAGGAGCUGUGUGGCGUACUGAGUGAGUGACGGACCGAGACAUCAGACUGAUGAUACAGCUUCGUGCCACCAACGCAGCCAUCUUCACCGGCAGGAGGAACUCCGCCAUGAGAGGCUGGAGGGCCAUAAGAAAGGAGAUGGGGCUCCAGGGGAUGCUGUCAGCACGGCAGCUGAAGAAGAAGUGGGACAACUUGAAGGAGAAGUACAGGGCGCUGAAGAACCCUCCAGAGGGCAUGGAGACCACGACCCUGCCCAGCUCGUGGCGCUGGUUCCACCUGAUGGAGGAGGCCAUGAGUGGCCGCCUUGCCGGGACAGCCAACAUCAUCCAGCCCUCCCUGCUGGACGAGGACGAGGACAACAACGCGGCCCUGCCUCCGCUCAUUAUUCCCAACAUGGGAGGAGCUUUUUCUGGACUAGUUGGAACGGGAACCCUGGAGGGUGCCGGGACGCCGCAGGAGGUCCUGGAUCUAAGUGAAAUCGAAUCAUGUGGGAAAGUUGAGGCAGUGAGCAGAACUGAAUCUCCUGCAGAGGUUGUUGCAGCCGAAGGACACACGAGACGCCCCGAGUGCGAGCUGAGCCAGCCGGCUGCACUGUACGUCACCUUACUGCCGGACCGCACCAACGAGACGCCGUCCUCCUCCAGAAACAUCGUCAGGGAGGCGUCCGAGGUCGACAGGAAGCUGGCUGAGCUGCAGACGGAGAGGCGGGCUCUGGAGAGAGAGCAGGCCGAGUUCGACAGAGAGCUGAUCGCUUUAGAAAGAGACAGAGAGCUGCUGAGCAGAGACAUGGCCACUCUCGAGCGAGACAGAACCGCUAUAGACAGAGACCGGGCGGCUGUGGAGAGAGACCGGGCGGCCGUGGAGAGAGACCGGGUGUUUCUGGAUCGAGACCGAGCCUUCCUGGACAGAGACAGAGCUUUUCUGGAGAGAGACCGGGUGUUUCUAGAGAGAGCCAGGGAGGAUUUAGAGAGAGCCAGAGCGCUGCUGAGGAGAGAGAGGGCCGUCCUGGAGAGGGAGGGGGCGGCUGUGGACGGACAUCAGGCUGAGAUGACGGCGGAGAAGGAAGUGGUACUACAGACCCGGUUCUACCAGAGCCUGAUGGCUGCAGACCUGGAUCCAGACCAGCUGGAGACCAGACAGAGACUGGUUUCUUUGUUCCAGAGGCUUGUUGAAAAACUGUGAGCGGAGGAAGUAUUGUUCUGUCGUAUGGCUCGAUUUCAGGUGAUAAAAGGAACUGUUCUCUAUUCCUGGCAGUUUGUUGUUCCUGUUUGCGGCGCUCCUCACGUGUUAAUAAAGACUCUGUGUUCGUCUGCUUUGGUGCAGAAACCUCGA